UAUUUAGUAAAAACAUUCGAAUUAUUAGUAAUAUUAUUAGUAAAAACUUUUAAAUCUGAUUUAAUAAAAUUAAAAUGUUAACAUCGAAAAUAUAUUUGCUAUUUUGCAUUAUAACUGGUGCUAAAAUUCAUGUAAAUGAUGCUAAACAAAUGACUGGAUUGUUUGGUAAUCCAAUUGGUCACAAAACAGAUCUCUUAACAGCCGGCAAUCACGGACCGGCACUACUACAAGAUGUCCAGUUCCAAGAAGAGAUGGCACAUUUCGAUAGAGAGCGUAUACCUGAACGGGUAGUUCACGCACACGGAACCGGUGCUUUCGGUGUGUUUCGGGUAACAAAUACAGAGAUAACGAAAUACACUAAAGCAGAUCUGUUUAACAAACCGAGAAAACAAACAGAAGUUGCCGUCCGGUUCUCCACUGUUUCCGGUGAAAAGGGUUCGGCUGACACAUCAUUUGGUGAACCGCGAGGUUUUGCCGUCAAGUUUUAUACUGAAGAAGGAAAUUGGGAUUUGACUGGUUUGAGUGCACCCAUGUUUUUCAUAAGAGAUGCCUCACAGUUCCCAUCCUUAAUCCACGCCACUAAACGUAAUGUAACUUCCGGUUUGCCCGAACCUAACUAUAGAUUUGAUUUUUUCUCAUUGAGACCCGAAACUCUUAAUAUGCAAACAUACGUCUAUAGCGACAACGGUAUGCCCGAUGGCUAUAGAAAUAUGCCUGGGUUUGGAGUACAUGCGUUCAGAUUAGUAAACAAACAGAAUAAACAUGUGUUCGCAAAGUUUCAUUGGAUAACAAAACAGGGCAAUAAAAACUUAGACCGAGAGACCACAUUUAAAUUGGCCGGUAGUGAUCCAGAUUAUGCUCAAAGAGACUUAUAUACUGCCAUCAGUAAUAGACAAUACCCGUCGUGGACUUUGAAGAUACAGGUGAUCACUGAUGAUAUGAUUAAAGAUUUUAAGUUCAACCCUUUUGAUGCAACAAAGAUAUGGCCAAUAGAUAAGUAUCCGCUAAUAGAAGUUGGAGUCAUGACAUUAAACAGAAUACCCCGGAAUUUCUUUGCCGAAGUCGAACAAUUGGCUUUUUGUCCGUCAAAUUUGGUACCCGGUAUUGAACCGUCACCCGACCUACUAUUAGCCGGCAGAUUGUUUUCUUACAAAGAUACACAACGUUACCGUUUGGGUGCUAAUAAUCAGUUGAUACCUGUAAAUCACCCGAAAAACCAAAUCAAUACAUUGACAGAUAGGGAUGGUUUUAUGCGCACCGAUAACAAUGAAGCCGAUGCUGUCAACUAUUAUCCCAAUUCAUUCAGUAGUGUUCGCGACAAUCCAAAGAAAAGAGAUUCAAACAUUACUUUGAAAGCCGAUAGUAAUGAUGAGAUCGUUGUCUUCAGAUUUGAUGACAGCGAUGACCACAACUACGAACAGGCGAGAGAUUACUACCGAUCACUGGCUGACGACUGGAAGACACGAUUGCAUCAAAAUCUAGCCUUUCAUAUGAAAACUAUCCGUCAGUUUAUUAUUGAUCGUCAACUAAAUCAACUCCGUUUAGUUGAUCCGGCAUUUGCUGAUGGAGUCAAACAAGAACUCAACAAUUUUCGAAAAUAAUAUUAAUUUUUCAAUUUUUUAUUUUGUAAUAAUUAUAUAUUGAUUAC